UUAUAAAGCAUGUUAUUGUGAAGCAUGUUUACUGACGUGCACCUUUUGUUUUUGUGUAGAUCGCCUCACCAUUACCUACUGUCGAAGCAGUGGCCCUGGGGGCCAGAAUGUUAAUAAAGUAAACACACAAGCUGAAGUCCGGUUCCACAUACAAACAGCUGAUUGGAUUCCUGAAGAUGUGCGACAAAAGAUUAUUUCUCAGCAUACAAACCGAAUAAACAGAAGUGGGGAGCUGAUCGUCACCUCGGAAGUGAGCCGGUACCAGAUGCGCAAUCUGUCUGACUGUUUGCAGAAGAUCCGAGACAUGAUCGCUGCUGCCAGCGUGAAACACAGGCAGCCUUCCCAAGAAGACGUGGCUCUCCGACGCUACAGGAUGGACAAAAUGAACCGAGAACGCCUGCAGCAAAAGAAAAUGCACACUGCAGUGAAGCGAAGCCGACGCGAGGAGUUUGAUUGAAGGUGAUGCCAGGAUAUGAAGGCUGGCUGCAUUGAAGCAAUCUGUAAAGAAUAAAUGAAUGACUUG